AUGGAUGGUCUUACUGCUUUCGUGUCCCGGUUCGACAAGGUAAAGCCACAAGAUUCAUCAGCCACACAAGUUGAUGGUGGCCGAGAGCAGGACAAUGCUUCAUCUUCUUCGAGCUUGGUGACUCUUCCAUUCAGCAUUGCAGAAAUUUUGAGCGAUAAACGAAAUGAGCCAAGGAAAAAGGAAACCGAAGACAUCAGUAUUGAAAUGAGACGAUAUGCUGUGCAAGGUAGGAGAGAAACAACCAAAUAACAGAACAUUUCGUCUCUGUUCGCCGUAAGGUUGAAUGUAUUACUAUCUCACUGUAGUUUAAACUACUUUCAGAAUAACUAUUUCUAUUUUCUAGAAAUUAAUUCCUAAAUGCAAAACGGGACAUUUUCCUGUGCCAUUGUUAUAAACAUAACUUGAGACACUACAAGGGAGUCACUGCGUUCCUGAAAUUAUCAUCAAAAUGGUUAACGUCUGAAAUAAUUUAUAAAUUUAUCCUUAUCAAGUAAUCUAUGGACCAAAAUAUGUCAAUAUAAACAGUAAUAAUAAUUAUUUAUUAAUUGUAGAUUAAACAGUUCACUGCAAUAGUUUAUAUUGAAAGUCUCAAUUUCUACUCAGUUGGUAUAAAACCAUCUUACUCCGAGUAACAAGAAAAACAAUUUGACUGAUGAACUUUUGGGUCAGUCUUACCUCAAGAAUUUUCUUAUCGAGCCUGACAAGACUAAACGUAUCAAUACUCCAGUAUUUAUAAAGAAAAUCUUCUAAACCUUUUGAUUCAGCUACGGAGCGAAGAUUAGCUUAAAAGAAAUGGGAAAUUGCUUUGAGGUUUGGUAAACCGAGGGAUCACUGGACUCUCGGCAGAGAACAUUCAUAUUGAAGCAAGCCUAACGUUCGUCAAUUGUAAAGUGAGAUUACUUAAAAGCAUGUUGCAUCCUAGACAGUGCGUUUAAGGUUCAGGAAGAACGUUUGAAAUAACAGUCCAUAUCAAAUUCGGAUGUCUUUUUAAAAUACUGAUACGCUUAUUAAUAUCUGUGUAUUCUUUCGGAAGGUUUUGACGAAUCACCCAGACGAACAAACCGGUGCAAACCUCCGCGAAACAGGAAAAAUUUCACGAGAGAACAAUUGCGAGAACUGGAGAAACUGUUUGAUCAGACACAUUACCCAGAUGCCUUGACGCGGGAGACACUGGCGAAGAGGAUGGGCCUAUCAGAAGCUAGAGUUCAGGUAACUCGCCGAACAGGGUCUUGUGGGAUUGUUUUGAAACAAAGCAAGUUCAAAACUGGUUUGAAAGUUGUGGACAAACAAAAAUGAAUUCAAUUGCCAUCAAUUUUCUCUAAUUCCCUUGGAUAAGCACUUACUCACUAGGCCAUAGUGUCAAACAAGCACCCGUCUCGAAUAAGCGCCUCCCUUCCUCCCUCAUCUCUAGUUGCAGGGUAACAGGGAAAAACUGUAUCUAUCGCCACUUCAUUUAUAACGUUUUAAGCUUCAGCCAGAAGUGAAUUAGCACAGGAGUCUGCGCACUCCUUUUAAUGGGUACUCCUUCUUUUAGCCGAGAUUUUAACUAAGCAUCAGAGCGUUUACUCGAGGAAAUACGGUAUAUCACAUCAAGGAAAAAAAAAACAAUUGUCAAUGACUUGAUUUCAUCUCACAUUUCCAGUACAAAACACAAAAUUGAGAGAGGGUACUUGAAACGAGGGGAGAGGAGUAAGACUGGGGCUAGGUUAGGUGUUCUGAUGAAAAGCAUGUCACUGUGACAAUCCCGCUGAUUUAUCCACAGAUCUGGUUUCAAAACCGUCGUGCUAAAAGUCGUCGGCAGGAAGGACCGGGUCAGAGGGGCUUCGUUGUCCCGGCAACCCCGACAUACAAACCACCAAAUCACGUAACUCAGCUACGCCAAGAAACAUCUAUCACACCAUUUACCCAUGGUGCUUAUAGAACUGGGUGUGUUGAGCAUCUGUGCAUGUGUAACCACGCCAGUUUUGUUACCAGUGUCAGUCAGGUUGAUUAUAAUCGUCAGUUUAAUCAACAAACAAGCAUCGAGGAUCUGAGACGUAAAGCUCGGUACCACAACUGGGGGGGGCAUAACGUACAUUGAGCCCGCGUUUUCAUCUCCUUGGAUCAGUGGAGAAAGGAAUUACUUUAAAAAGGAUGUUUCACUGCCUUUUUCCGUGUUCAGGAAACUAAAAUCAAAGUCAUUUGUUUUCAUCAGACCAAACUGACCGAAAUAAAUAUCUCUCAGAUUUCAAAAAUAGUUCAAUUCGAUAUUUAUUACAUUAAUAGAUAUUACUAUAAUAAACUGAAAUCAUGCGCUUCAUUCAAUACAAAAAAUCGCGUAUUCUCUCUAAAUUAAUGACAAAACAUCAAGCUGAUUUGGCUCUUAUCGAUGGACUGUCAUAAAAUAGCUGCCGAAAAACUAAAUUUUACAAUUAUUUCAUAGACUAGAUGGCUGUAUUGCACGGUUUUUUUUUUGAUGAGCCUACACGAAGAAAUGGACUGUCUACAACUACGGCUUCACGUGUACAAAAAUUUAUAAAAAAUAGCGG